AUGCGGCGCACUCCUCUGACAUCACACGCUGACUUCCGUCGGCUCCACAGGCCCACCGGCUCUCUAAACCCGGCCCGAACAGCGGCUUUCAACCCGACAUCACCGGCCCCAGAACCGGACCGACCCCAGAACCGGACACUCGCCGGCCACCAACCCGACCGGCCUCUCCCCCACCAGACCGUUUUUGGUGCGGUAAGUGAGACUAAGUUAACGUGGAAAACCGGUCUUAUGACUACGGGGACAUCUCUGUGGUUUUAAAAGCCAGAGACCCCAGACUCAGUAAGAAACUUGCCAUUCCUGAUUUCGUGCUGGCUUUCGGUAUCUUUAGAGAUAUUCUAUGCACGGCUCACCCCAAUAGAAGGGAGGAACUCGAUCUAUAUAUGCAUAAGCUGGUGGACCUCCGUAAUAAGUAUGGUGGCUAUACUUUUUACGAUUACCACAAGUCCUUUUCAUCAAAAGUGUCUGCCACAUUGUCUCAGUACGGCAUCCAGAUGGAUUGGAGCCAACUGGACAAUGAGCUAUUCCUCAGACAUUUCGCAGGUCUUAGGACACCAGCUUGUGCCUUAUGUACAUCUCCCGCAGCUAAUUUUUGCCCGCUCUGUCCGGACAGCACUCCCUGCCCAUCCUUGAAUCAUCCCACUAAGGUUGAGAAACAGACCAGAGACAAACUGGGUCGUCCAGUAGUGUAUCUAGGCUAAUCUCAGAUUUGCAACAAUUUCAACGAGGGCUCCUGCGGCUACAGCGCCUGCCGCUUAUUGCACGUGUGCUCACAUUGUUUCAGGGCACAUGCGAAAUCCAUGUGCCCUAAUAAAAUGUACCAGGAACCUUAUUUGUCUCCGGUAAACAUUCCUUUACUUGCAUGAAUGCUAUCCACGCACCCCUCCAAACACCUUGUUGAUUUUUUAUGUACGGGUCUCACCCAGGGUUUUCACACAGGGGUCAUUUACAUGCCAACUGGGGUAUUAGAGUGUCACAAUUUACAGUCUGCCACUAACCACCCUACGGCAGUCACCACACUGUUACAACUGGAAGUGGAUCAAGGAUUUGUCAUUGGGCCUUUAAUUAACCCCCCCUUUUCCAGCUGGAGAACUAACAAUAUCGGACUGGUUUCCAGCAAACAUUCGGAGAAACUAAGACCUAUCAUUGACUUAUCCGCACCCCACUCCUCUGCCAUCCCCAGCCUAAACUCAUUGAUUCCAUCUGAGGAAUUUUCCCUACAAUACUCCACUAUUGACGACGCUAUUGCAGCUAUCAGAUCUGCAGGGUUGGGGGCUUGGAUCAGCAAGACGGAUAUUGUGAAUGCUUUUAAAUUAUUACCUAUACACCCCUCUUUGUGGCACCUGCAUGGCGUUAAGUGGCAAGACUCCUACUACUUUUUUACAAAGCUCACUUUCGGUGCCAAAAGUAGUCCCAGGAUUUUUGACACGUUUGCAGAAGUUUUGUGUUGGCUCCUCCUCAAUAUCUGCAGGUGCCCGAAUGUGAUACACUACUUAGAUGAUUUUCUUUUCAUCAAAUCCAAUUCCACCCCCCCCCCACGUAGCCUAGACAAAGCAACCAAACUAUUCACAUCCCUUGGUGUUCCCGUGUCACCCACAAAAACCGAAGGACCAGAUACAUUGAUUAACUUUCUGGGUAUUCUGCUGGAUUCAUCAACUGAUGAUGGCCAGCCUCCAUAGAGGAAAGGUAGUUCACAUCCUACACAAUAUUAGCCACUACAUGCACAGGGGGUCCUGCAAAUGUAAAGAACUACAAUCACUUCUGGGUUCACUAAAUUUCGCCAUGCGCAUAAUCCCCCAGGGCAGGGCUUUCAUUGUUAGGCUCCUCGCCCUGUUCCCCACUUUCGCCAACGACCAUGUCCGCAUAUCUUUAGACUGUCCUGCGACCGCUGACCUCCAGAUGUGGCACAAAUUCCUCUCAUAAUGGAAUGGAAGGAGCAUGUUCCUCCCACAGAUUGAUUCACAGUCACGGGUCAUUUGGACAGACGCAGCGUCUUCAGCGGGAUAUGCGGCCAUUUUCGGCACAGAAUGGCUCUGGGGGACCUGGCCUACAGAAACACAGGGCAUUGAGGGUUUUCACACUAACGCAGCCCUAUUUGAAAUAUACCCUAUAGUUGCUGCAGCCGUCACUUGGUGUAGGUUGUGGAAAGGUCAGUCCGUACGCUGCUUUUCCAACAAUCUGGCAAUAUGCCACAUUAUCAACAAGGGUCGCUCUUCUUCCUUGGCGAUUAUGAGUUUCCUUAGGAAACUGACAUGGCUGGCAGCUACCCAUCAGUUCCACAUUGUAUGCUCUCACGUUCCUGGCAUCUACAACACGGCAGCUGACCAACUCUCUCGCUUUCAAUUUCAGGCUUUCAAAUUGUCCCUACCCUCGGCAGCUCGGGUAGCAACCCCAGCGCCAACUUUCCAAGAACUUGUCAUGGAGUAGACGAAUUACUUCAGCACAGACACGUUCUUACCAAGUUAGCCUUAUCCACCAGCACCCAACACGCGUAUCACAGAGCUUUUCACUUGUACAAACAAUUCAUGUCUGACCAUCACCUAGCCGGUUCGAGGUUUCUUCACUGAUAGCUUUUGCAUCUUUUUGCCACCUUAAAUUUAAGUUUUCACAUAAUACUAUUAAGCUAUACCUCACGGGCAUACAACACCAUAUGUAUUGCUCCUUCCCUAACCACAAAGGGUUCUUAACUUCUUACCCCAUCCGAACACUACUGAAAGGCAUAGCCAAGGCAGACGGCCCUGCAACUCCCAAGAGACUUGCCAUUGACAUUAAACUGUUCAAAUCCUUGUCCGACCUUCUCGACCAGGCUCCAUUUGAACCCCAUACGAAUGCAGUCAUUAAAACUGCUAUUUAUCUAGCGUUCUAUGGGUUUCUUAGACCAAGAGAAUUCACCAUUAGUGGCCAGCACCAUAGCCAAGGGUGCCUCCUCACCUCCUACCUCAGGAAACACACCGACUACUACGUUCUGACCCUACCUAAGACCAAAACAUAGUAUGAGUACAAUAAAAAUGCCAUACCGUCCAAUUGUUAUGAAUCGGGUUGAACCGUCUCAAUUUAGGAUCUGUGUCCUUUCAACUCGUGUUAUUUCCUGAUUCUCAUGGAAACCAUAGAAAAAUAAUAGAUAUUCUAGUCGAUUAGGUUUUAAAAAAUACUAUAAGCCUUUACUUUAUUUCUAAAUAAUAUUAUCACAAUACAUUAUGCAGUGAUAACUGUGUAAUGUAUAACAAUAAAUAUUAAGCUACUAAAACACUGAAGCAUUGUCAAACAGCAGACCUUUAGGUACAGUUACUCCUUGAUGUAUAUAGGUCUGCAGUCUCUGGUUCCUGGCACAUCCAUAGCUCUAGAUGGAAUCUUCUGGUUAGAUACACAUAUAAUACUAAAAAGCUGUUUGCUCUUUUCAGGCUUCCAUGAAAGUGGAAAAAAGCCUGCACAGUUUCUGAGUCAAUGUCCAUGUAUAGAAGUCUAACAUAUGUGGCUUUCUCAAGACCAGCACAGCCAUAAACUUACAGUUACAUAGAUCCAAAAUCUCUUUCACUGGCCAAGAGUCAUGUAGCCUACUCCACAAGGUGAAUAGCACGCUAUGGCACAGUAGUGAUGUAGUGACCUUAUAUAUUGUGACAUAGAACACACACACUAUAAGGGUAUACCCUUACAUCAUCUUGGAUAUUUACUGCAAAAAAGCAUGAGCACUACUCAUAGGGCAAUACAUUUUACAAUAACGUGUAUGCACAGUAUGUCCCAAUCUGGAAUAUUGAUGAUAGAUGCUCCUCAAGGAUAAUAAUGGGAAAACAUCAGAUGUCAAUUAAAAGUAUAACAUUUAUCAAUACCAAACAUAUAAAAUCUUACAUUCAGGUGUCCCACAGUCAGUGUUUCAACACUGUCUGUCCCUUCCUCAGGUGAAAUGACACUAUAUAGUAUAGUGCCUUUUUUAAAAACACUGAUAUUGGCGCCAAAGUUGUCAUCCUGUUGUCUGCGUCAAUUCCGGUUUUGCCUGCUGCUAUAGAUUACACUUCGACGGCCAUCUUGGCGGCCACUUCGACGGUCAUCACGUACAAGCUUCCGCCAGAAGAACCAAAUUGGCCUUAUUGCGGCCAUUCUUCCCUAUCUUCAUGUGCCUUCUUGGCAUCAGUAUUUCCGCCGGAAGUGCCCAAACUCCACUGGAAACAGUAUGGUACCAUUUUUGCACUCUAAUGUCCAUUCUUAG